AUGGACGGCGCGGCCCUCGUGUCCGAUGACCUCCUCGAUCCGCCGCCUCGACUCCAUGAGCGCCUUCGACAGAUAGCUGGCUACACUUGGGACGAAUCCAAACUCCCCUUUCAUUCCACCUACGAUUUUUGGUAUGUCUUCGGCACCCGCUUCGUGUCACCAUUUUCAGCCUCUUCAACGUCGUCACACAAUGCCUCCAGUCCCAGCUCCGUCUCAAAGGCGCCUUCGGGCCGCCCGUCUCCUUCGGAGCCCAUGGGCAUCACGGGCAUUAUCCCAAGCGGCGAGGGCAUGGAUGUACCAGCGGUGAUCCCCCAACCCUCGUCACCCUCCAACCUAUCCGACACACCCUACAUAGAGGAGUAUUGCGUGGCUCGUAUCUCUUACCAUGCCCUCCGCGAAGAGCGCGCCUUUAAUAUCGCCAAGAACAUGUCGACCUCGUCUGACCCGAAGGGGGAACAUAUGGUGAAGCCUCUUGACCUAUUCAGGCUCAGUCCGAUCCCAGGUGACCGUGCAGCUGUCAUCGUCGCCAUCUACCAAUACCUUGGCCACAACUAUCUGAUUGAUGUGCUUGAUAUGGGCCCGGCCUUCUACCGCGCACGCAGGGUCGGAGAAACAUUCACAUCCGGACGCAAGAACGAACCGAAGUUGCAGGAUCCCAUCUCCUUACAGUACUUCCUCGACUUCGCCAUCGGCGCCGCCCAAUGUCUCGAGAUCCUCCACCACAACCUUGGCAUGAUCCAUGGAGAAAUCCGAAGCGAUGCCUUCCACUUCAAUGCAGAAGAGAACCGGGUGAAAAUCAUGACAUUUGGUGCUGGAGUCCGAUCCUUUGAGCAUGGGCUCACAAGCACAGGUUGGUCGACACUGUCCAAGGAGCUCGGUGCCAAAAACAAACUGCUUUAUCUCAGCCCCGAGCAGACUGGGAGAAUGCCGGCAGAGCCCGAUAGCCGAACCGAUAUAUACUCCCUCGGCGUCUUAUUCUGGAUGAUCUUAACCCAGAAGCCUGUCUUUGAUGGCGAGACCCCGCUCGACAUAGUUCAGGGAGUGCUUGGCCGUAGGAUUCCGAAUGUAUCCACCGUACGAAUCGAUAUCCCAGACGUCAUCGGAAGGAUUAUCCAGAAGUGUACAGCCAAGAAUGUUUCUGAGCGGUACCACUCAGCGAGCGGGCUUCGUCAUGAUCUGGUCAAGGUUCACCAGUUCCUUGCUGACGGAGAUUGGUUGGCCUUGAAGGAGUGGAAGAUUGGAACCAAUGAUGUCUCCUCGUUCUUCAUGCUCCCUAACAUGAUGAUUGGCCGACAGCGUGAGCGUGCGGAACUUGUCAAGGUUGUCGACCGCGUUGCGAAAGGCCACUACAUGAACCUCAAAGGGGGGGUGAAUCGGUUCUCCGACGGCUCUAGCUUAUCCAAUGACAUGGCGCCAUUUGACGACAUUUCUAGUGAAGGAGCGAGCUCCUUAGACGGAACCAACCGUCGAAGCGGAUCCUUUACUCAAACUGUUGCGUCUGAUCCAAAACCGUCAUCAAAGAGCAACCUACAUCCCCUCUUUUCAGACACUCAGACGAUCUCAGGCGAUACAAUCGCAUCAUCGCCAUCAGGCGUUUUCCCUCGACCAGUCAGGCCUUGGGAAAGACACCAGUCCAUCUCAAUCGAAACUCGCAGCCUCGUCGAAAGCGUGGGCACCGACCCGAAUCGCCACAGCAUGGUUGAAUCUUCGGCUUCGAGCCUAUCAAGACAACUGGGCUCUGCCAAGUUUCGCCGGCGUGACUACUGCGAGGUUGUCACAGUUGCCGGUGCCGGUGGCCUUGGAAAGAGUUUCCUCGUCCAAAGUGUUUUAGCAGAAGCCCGGAGACGAGGAUAUUGUGCAACGGCAAAAUUCGAUACUGCAAGGAGAACAGCCUUUGGGCCGCUGCUUAAGCUACUGUCGUCCCUAUUCAAACAAGUCUGGGGCGAGAGAAACACAGAAACCCCUUUCCACCAAACCCUGAAGCAAUUCAUUCGCCCAGUAUGGCCGAUGCUACACCGCGUGUUAGGGCUUCCUGAGUUUCUCCUUGGUCCACCAGAAGUUUCUGUAGGCCGGUCCAUCUCCUCAUCCCAGCACUUCGCGCACAGAGGCGGUAGUCGGCCCGGAAGUAAGCGCCGUGGCUCAUCUCCUGGAAGUUCCCCAGGGCCCAUUGGUCGAAACCCGAGCAUCGCCUCUCAAUCCUCUCAAGAUAUCCUUCGUGUCGGAUCUUCUACCAAAACUGUGCGUUUGAUGAACAUCUUUUUGGAUGUCCUCAGGGUUUUUACGGCGCACAAGUUCAUCUGUUUUUGCCUGGACGAUCUUCAUUUUGCUGACGAUGAAUCCUCGGAACUCAUCUCCCAAAUCAUUGCCUCAAGGAUGAAGAUGGUCAUCAUUGUGACAUAUCGACCGGAGGAGCUCGCGCCAGAGAAGAUACAGAGCAUCAUUAACCCGGCCGAGUCGGAUGAAUUCCCCCAUGGAAGCAGUCCGAGGGUCACUCAUAUACCACUGUCCCCACUCUCUGAAGAUGACAUUGUCCAAUACGUCUCGACAACGCUGUGUCGGCCAAAAGAAGAAAUCCAUUCGCUGGCCCUCGUCAUCCAGUCCAAGACGGCAGGAAACCCAUUCUAUAUGCGAGAGAUGCUGAGCGCAUGCCAUCGAAAACGGUGCAUAUGGUACGAUUAUCGAGACAGCCAGUGGCACUUUGACCUGGACAGACUGUUCGAGCAAUUCAAGGGCGAGAAGGAUUACGAUGUCCUCGAUACUGGUUUCAUAACACACCGGCUUAAUGAACUUCCCCCGGCAUCUCGGACCUUACUUGCGUGGGCAGCUCUUAUUGGCGGCUCGUUUUCCUUUGAAGUGGUUUGCCAUUUGAUGAGCGGAGAGUUCGACUACCAAGACGAGGAAUCGGGCAAGUGUUGCACACUCCUGUCUCUGAAGAACUACACCCAAGGGGAGACUAUCGCCGGUCUUCAGGCCGCCAUCCAAGCAUACAUCAUCGUACCCAGUGAGACCGACGACCGCUUCCGAUUUGCACACGACCGCUACAUCCACGCUUCCGCUGCCUUGAAAGAGUGCAAUUCUCAGAAGAUGCACUUUAUCAUUGCGCAGACCCUCCACAAGUACUACGCCGUCGAGGCGAAGCAACGGACGAGCACUGCCUCUCAUAUUUGCGAGGCUGUUAAUAUCAUCAAACGACGUGUUCCAGUCCGCCGUCACUUCCGCGAGCUACUAUCAGAGUGCGCGGAAGAAGCCACAGAGAACGGUGCCCGACCAACUGCUGCGAAAUUCUAUAGUACCGCGGUUUCACUCCUCCAGGAGAAUCCUUGGUCCGACGAGACAGAAGACACAUCGUAUGACGAAACAAUGCAGCUGCAUCUUCGAGCUGCUGAAUGCUACUUGUUCAUGGGGCAUUAUACAGGCGCCAACGAAACCAUCAGCAUUAUUCUUGACAACGCCAGGACUCCAUUCGACAGGGCACCGGCAUAUGUUUUGCAGUCGAGGAUCUACACUCAAAAUGGAAACUCCCAGGAAGCCCUUGUUUCCCUUAAAGACUGCUUAAUCUCCCUCGGAGUCACCAUCGAUGACAACCCGACCCUCCAGAAAUGCGAUGAGAGAUUCGAAAAGCUCUCUGUCCAAAUACAGAGCAUAGAACGUUCAAGUCUAGUCACCGAUAAACUGUCGAAUGACCCUGGCAUCGCGUCCAUCGGGGCUGUCCUGUCCGAGACGAUCAGUGCAGCAUGGUGGAGUGAUGGUCUACGAUUCUACCACCUCACACUCAUGAUGAUAGAGAUGCAUCUGACUCGAGGCCCAUAUCCCCAAUCCGGCAUGGGAUUCCUCUACUUUUCCAUGAUCGCCAUGGCCCGCUUCAAUAUGACACAAUUCGCGGUGGAUCUGGGUUCAAUGGCUCAGGAGAUGUUAUACCAAUCUCGAGACACAUUUUCUCUAGCCCGUGGUCUGAUGCUCUAUCCGAUGUGCAUUGGGCAUGUCCAUUUGACGAUGCCUGUGAUACUAGCACAGAUGGAGGAUGCUGUGGAGUAUGCUUCUGUUGCCGGCGAUCGGAUAUCGACCAUCCUCAGUUACGGGAUUUUCGCCAUCUUCAAGUUCUUCAGCGGCGAGAACUUCGCAGACCUCGAGGGCUUCUGCCAGUACGGGUGUGAGGAGAUACCCAAUUGGUACUUUGAUUCUCGGGGCGGCUCGGUCCUGAUUGCCGUCAGACAGCUCGCGCGUGCGCUUCAAGGCAAGACUAACAGCAAAGAUGCGCUCGAGGUCAUGAACGACGAGGCACACAAUGCCCUGGCAUACAAGAAAUGGCUGUUGGGCUGCAAAAAAGAAAGCAACCGGUCCAUCAUCUUCUAUGAAAGUUUUGAGAUUGUCCCUCUCUUCCUCUAUGGUCAUUAUGAGCGUGCCAUUCAGAUUGGAAAGGGCUGUAUUGGCCAGUUAGAAAUGCUUUGGUCGGCUCGGAAUAGCAGGCUUAUUUUGUUCUUUUACGGGUUGGCUCAGGCUGGCCAGUUGCUUCGGAAGAUACAGGAUCCCUGCACUCCCUCGGAGGGUUUGGCCUCUCAGGUGGAGGAGGUGAUCAAGGAGCUGCAGGCCUUUAUCAAGAUGAUUGACGAAUGGGCGACUGUCUCUGACAUCAACUACUUUGCGUGGUCAACCCUUCUACGGGCCCAAGUUGCAGAGCUCUCCAAGGACCACGGAGCCGCCAUUCAGCACUAUGAGCAUGCACUAGAUCAUACGGCUGAACACGAUGCCGUCUUUGACGAAGCACUUGGCAACUAUCUUAUGGCAGGUCUCUUCAUCCGCCGAAAAGGACGUCGAUCAGCUCGUGCAGCACUUCUGGAGGCUGUCGGACUGUUCCGACAGCUCGGCGCCAACGGCGUCUCUAAGGCAAUCGAGGAGGAGCACAGCUUGUUGCUGCAUGGACCGACUCGAAGCCAUCGAACCAUGGAGGCGGGUGUGCAAACCGACUUUGUCGCCGACACAGGCUCCGUUCAGUAUCGGGCUGCGGAUGUUGAGGACGGUGCUGAUUUGGUCCAAAUACCCUCCAACGUCAUGACUGAUCUAAGAGGGGAACGCAUCGGUGCCUGGCGGGGUUCUAUGAAUAUGCAGACUGAAGCCGGGGCCGGACUACCUGCUCUCGAUAUGAUCGACCUGCAUGCCAUCCUUGUUUCAUCGCAAGUCAUCUCUUCUGUUUUACAGGUCAACGAGCUUCUGAAGACUAUGUGCGAUGUCAUAUUGCAAACCUGUGGCGGUUCAGCAACGCUCGCUGCAAUUGUCGUUCAAGAGAAUGACUCGGAUUCAUGGAGUGUCGCAGCCAGUGGCGAUCCUGAGAAGGGUGCUUCAGCACACAUACCAGGGUUGUCGUUAUCGGGGACGUCAUUGAUCGCCGAGAAUGUCGUCCUCUACUGCACACGCUUCUUGGAAACAGUCUUUGUCCCUGACCUGAUUACUGAUGAAAGGUUCGGGAACGUCAACGGAUCAUGGCUCCAGAGAAAUCCCGUUGGCAAAGGCAUCAUUGCCAUCCCCAUUUCCCACGGAACCAAGUCUCUCCUCGGUGUCUUGUACCUCGAAGGCGAACCUGGUGCUUUCACAGACCGCAACGUUACUGUUUUGCAGCUUCUGGUCAACCAGAUCGGUAUCAGUUAUUCGAAUGCACUUUCUAUGAAAAAUGUCGAGAAGAUCUCAGCAGAGAAUCGAUCGAUGGUGGCAGUCCAGAAGCGUGCUCUUGCCAAGGCUGUUGAAGCAGAAAGCAAGGCAAAGAAAGCUGAAGCGGAGGCAAAACGAAAUGUGAAGUUGGCCGAGGAAGCUGCCAAGGCCAAGUCAAUCUUCUUGGCCAACGUCUCACAUGAACUUCGAACCCCGCUGAACGGUGUCAUUGGAAAUUCAGAGCUGCUCCGGGAUAGUGAACUGGACAGGGAGCAACUCGAUAUGGCCGAUUCCAUCCGCGUUUCUGCUGACCUGUUGCUGACGGUCAUCAACGACAUCCUAGACUUUUCGAAGAUGGAAGCUGACAAGAUGAAACUAUACAUAAUCGCCUUCAACCCCGAGGAUAUGGUUCGUGAGGUCGUACGGGCGGUUUCCUAUAGCAACCGUGAAAAGACUUCGAAGAAGAAUGUCAAGAUUGUUCAGGACAUCAAGCUACCGCCCUUGCUCAUCUAUGGCGACCCCAUCCGACUUCAUCAAGUGAUGGGCAAUCUUAUCGGGAACAGUCUCAAGUUUACGGAAGAUGGCUCGAUCACCAUCGGUUCUCGUCUCGACAAGGAGACGAGAGAGCAUGCCACGCUUACUUUCUGGGUCCGAGAUACUGGCAUCGGCAUUCCACCACAACAGUUGGCAAAACUUUUCCAGCCGUUCAGCCAGGCGGAUGCCAGUACCGCAAGAAAGUAUGGCGGAAGCGGGCUGGGUCUCAGCAUCUGCAAAUCCCUCAUUGAGGUGAUGAUGAAGGGCAAGAUUCGGCUGGAGAGCGAGGAGACUGUAGGGACAACGGCUUGGUUCACGGUCACUUUCGAAAAAGCCAAGUCAGACGUUACUGCAGGAGACGCUCAGUCAAAGUCUCCUCCUCCAAUUGAUCGAUAUUCGUUGACAGCAUCACACUUGGAUCAGGUAGACUCAUCGAAUCCCUACCUCGACUUUUCCCGGGUCCCCAAGGAAGAGGUUCGCAUUUGCGUCGCCGAGGAUAAUCCUAUCAAUCAAAAGAUUGCCAUUCAAUACGUGAAGCGGCUGGGAUACUCCGGCGUCGUCGCCUAUGAGAAUGGUCUCAAGGCAGUCGAAGCCCUGCGUCAGAAGGCCAACGAGGGGGAGCCAUAUCACAUCGUCCUCAUGGACGUUCAAAUGCCCGUCCUAGAUGGCUACGAGGCAACGAAACUGAUUCGGAAAGAUCCCUUGGAUGCGGUGCGGAAUAUCUUAGUCAUUGCCAUGACUGCCUCGGCGAUUCAAGGGGACCGGGAGAAGUGUCUUGCGGCUGGCAUGAAUGACUAUCUAGCCAAACCUGUCAGAUCCGACGUGCUGAAGAAGAAACUGGAUGCGUAUCUCAGCCCUGAAUCACCGGUGACAUUCCAAGACUCUGUUCAAACUACUCCAGCUUCGAGGCCGACUCCUCGAGCCGAAUCCAAUGGGCCCAGUCCCCCGGUCACACGUCCACCGCUUGUAUCCCAUUCCGCGACAAAACACCGGCAGUCUCAAAACGUCCCACACCCAAUGCAAGAGUCAGCAGUAUUCAACCAACCUCUCGACCCAGACGCGAUGCAAGCGAAGGACAGUCCCAUGUUUACCAAGGAGCACCCGGGGUCGCCACCAAUUCCAAUCCGGGACAAUCCAUCCUACAGCAUGCCCUCGGUAAACGACCUCGCUCUGAGCCGCACUUCCAGUGAAAACCGCUCAAUUGACGUCGGAUCAUUGGCAGACGGCUCGUCAACGAAUUCACACAAGCGACAACCCCGGAAGCUAACCAAGACCCGGGGGAACAGCGAUAGCAAUGCCGAGAGGCCCUCUGCUACAGGAGAGCGAGCCCCGAGCGAGAAAACCAGGGGCUUGCUCACCAAGAAGGGACCUCAGCGACAGAGCUCAACAAGCCUCGCCGACGACACUCAGAACACGGAGAACACGCCUUACGGGACCAGCAGAGAUGAUACUAAGCGCAACAGCCUGGCCUCGCAGAGUUCGUCCUUCAAGGACAGAAUAUUCCCCCACUAA